AUGGAUGUAGCCCUUGGGGUGACCAACCGCACUGGCCCGCUGUAUUUCACCUUGGUCGGCAUCUUCCUUGAAUCCAAGCACCCCACCCUCCUCGGCACGGUCCUUGCUGUGGUCUUCCUGAUGGCCUUGUCUGGAAACGCCAUGCUCAUUGUGCUGAUACACGCCAACACCCACCUGCACACUCCCAUGUACUUUUUCAUCAGCCAGCUGUCUCUGCUGGACAGCAUGUACGUCUGUGUCACCGUUCCCAGGAUGCUUGUAGACCAGCUCACGGGAAGGAACGAGAUCUCAGCACCAGAGUGCGGGGUGCAGAUGUUCCUCUACGUGUCUCUAGUUGGGUCAGAGUUCUUCCUGCUGGCCGCCAUGGCCUACGACCGUUUCGUGGCCAUCUGCCGUCCCCUGCAGUACCCUGUCCUCAUGAGCCCCAGGGUGUGUCUCCUCCUGACGUCCGGCUGUUGGUUCCUGGGGUCAGUAGAUGGCUUCAUGCUCACACCCGUCACCAUGACCCUGCCCUUCUGCAGGUCCCUCGAGAUCCACCACUUCUUCUGUGAGGUCCCUGCCGUCACGAAGCUGUCCUGCUCGGACACGUCGCUGUACGAGACACUCAUGUACCUGUGCUGUGUCCUCAUGCUGCUGGCCCCCGUGACGGUCAUUUCAAGCUCUUACUCCUGCAUCCUGCUGACCGUGCACAGGAUGCACUCAGCAGAGGGCCGCAAGAAGGCCUUGGCCACCUGCUCCUCCCACAUGACCGUGGUCGCUCUCUUCUACGGGGCCGCCAUCUACACCUACAUGCUCCCCGGAGCCUACCACACCCCCGAGAAGGACAUGGUGGUGUCUGUAUUUUACACUAUCCUCACCCCCGUCUUGAAUCCUUUAAUCUACAGCCUCAGGAAUAGGGAUGUCACCAGGGCUCUGAGGAGAACGCUGCGCCUGGGGGCUGCUGUCCAGCAAAGAGCUAGGUAG